AUGUUCCUGUAUCUGGGACUACCCAGAGAUGAGAUACCCAAGAUCCUCGCAGAAGACCGCAGGGUUGCAUUCUCCCACGAGUCGAUCUAUCUCCGGUUCUUCACUGCUGAAGGACUGAGUGAUGUUCCGCUCGAGGAGGAACCUCAGGCGGCUUAUGCAUGCCAGCCAACAGAUGGGCACACAGAUGGACAAAUUCAAAAAUUUAGGAUAGACCUCCAAUCGGCUGCAGAGAACAGGGAGAGCGGCAACAAAAUACCGACACUCCUCUUCCCCUGCAGCCCCACCGCGUCCGCCAUCAAACGGUCGCGGCCCCGUCUAGGCCGCGGAAGG